AUGAGAGCUCAUUAACGUUUCGCUUGGCUAAGUGCGCGCCUCGUCACUGAAACCAGUUAGUAAAAGAAAUUUUCGUUAAAACUAAAACCAAUAGCUAUAGCUACGUCACGAUUUGAUUAUUUUGAAUGCAAAUUAUACCCAGAUUAACAAACUAGGUCGCCUUUCGUGGCGCUGCCGCCGCGCUGCGGACUCGUACCUACGGAGGAUUAUAUCGGGACCAUCGAAUAAACGUUUCAAAUCCAUUAUAAUAUAUUCGCUGCAAUAUUCGGUUCCAAAUGUGCAAAGCAAAGCGCCUGAAGUGAUAAUUAUUAAGCUGAUAACCCAUAAAAAUGAGCUAAAAAAAAAGCUAAGAGCCCACCGAUGUUGACGAACUAAGAAUCAAUAGAUAUGCAUUGUAAAGUGAUAGUCUACAGUUUGGUUAGUGUGUGAGGAUAAAACUCACGUACAUAAACACUAAUUCGACGACGGAUUCCUUCUUCUAAUGAUUCGACUUGCGCCUAACAAAUUUUAAGCAUAUGUAGGUUUCCCAUCGGCGUCAUUGUGUAAUAACCGAUCCAUCAUGAUGCUCACAACUGAACAUAUAAUGCAUGGGCACCCCCACUCUUCGGUGGGGCAAAGUGCCCUAUUUGGGUGCUCGACGGCGGGUCACAGUGGCAUUAAUCAGCUGGGCGGUGUCUAUGUCAACGGCCGGCCCCUGCCCGACUCAACGCGCCAGAAAAUAGUCGAACUGGCUCACUCUGGGGCUCGUCCUUGUGAUAUUUCAAGAAUACUACAAGUUUCCAACGGUUGCGUAAGCAAAAUUUUGGGCAGAUAUUACGAAACAGGAUCAAUUAAACCUCGAGCGAUCGGUGGUUCUAAACCACGAGUAGCCACAACCCCUGUCGUACAAAAAAUUGCUGACUAUAAACGCGAGUGUCCCAGCAUAUUUGCGUGGGAAAUCCGAGAUCGACUGCUGUCGGAACAAGUUUGCAAUAGUGAUAACAUUCCAAGUGUUUCAUCCAUUAACCGAGUAUUGCGCAACCUGGCCUCACAGAAGGAGCAGCAGGCGCAGCAGCAAAACGAAUCUGUUUAUGAAAAGCUUCGCAUGUUCAAUGGCCAAACAGGGGGCUGGGCGUGGUACCCGAGCAAUACAACGACGGCACAUUUGGCCCUGCCACCAGCAGCUUCAGUUGUGUCGACUCCAGCAAACUUAUCAGGACAAGUUAACCGAGACGAUGUUCAAAAACGUGACUUGCAAUAUUCAGCAGACGUUUCGCAUCCAAACUCGCACGAUAGCACAUCGGAUGGCAAUUCUGAACACAAUUCAUCUGGAGAUGAAGACUCGCAAAUGCGUUUGCGUUUAAAAAGAAAGUUGCAGCGCAAUCGGACUUCAUUUUCAAAUGAACAAAUCGACAGUCUUGAAAAAGAAUUUGAACGAACUCACUACCCGGAUGUAUUUGCGCGAGAAAGACUUGCAGAUAAAAUUGGUUUGCCAGAGGCACGUAUUCAGGUUUGGUUCUCGAACCGACGUGCCAAAUGGCGCCGAGAGGAGAAGAUGCGGACUCAGAGACGGUCGGCCGAUAAUGUGUGCAGCAGUGGUCGUGCUCCCACGGCAAAUAAUUCUUCAAGUACGGCUGCAUCCUCCUCCGUCGCCACGUCGAACAACUCGACACCCGGAAUCGCCAGUUCCGCCAUAAAUGGGUCGGAGCGAGCAUCGUCGGCUAUUCUGAGCAAUAGUCUUCCCGAGGCACCUACCGGACCAACCGUAACUGGGGGAGACGCUAGUGCGGCGCACACGAGUUCUGAAAGCCCACCUCUACAGGCUGUGGCACCGCGGCUUCCCUUGAACAAUGGCUUCAACACCAUGUACUCAUCUAUCCCGCAACCCAUAGCUACGAUGGCGGAAAAUUACAACUCAUCCUUAGGAUCGAUGACACCAUCAUGCUUACAGCAACGAGACGGCUAUCCCUACAUGUUUCACGAUCCAUUAUCAUUAGGAUCCCCAUACGUACCGCCCCAUCACCGAAAUGCAGCCUGCAAUCCUGCCGCUGCGCAUCAACAGCCACCUCAGCAUGGUGUUUAUACCAACAGUUCUCCAAUGCCAUCUUCAAACACAGGUGUGAUUUCCGCUGGCGUGUCGGUGCCUGUCCAAAUUUCAACGCAAAACGUAUCUGACCUUACCGGAAGUAAUUACUGGCCACGUCUUCAGUGAUCUUCAAUAUUUCAUUUGCCAUCGGAUCUUCUGUCAAAGGCGACUGCCGCUGCAAUCGCUGCCGCACAUGCAACUGAAAAGAAGCAAAAACACCAAAAAUCACAUUCAGUUGUUAGUAUGCAAACAACAAGUAGCAAAAACAACCCACCUAGUUUGAAAAGUCAAACAAUGUGCUGUUCGUAUUUAAACAUGAACAACGGGGCAGGGAAGGAUGUUGAUGUUGUCAUAGGCCAAGGUCUCCUAGUUCCCAUUAAUACACGUAUUUCAACCCAAUCGGAAUUGUUUAGUUGCCCCAAUGCGAGUUACCAUCGGGGUUUUCAAAUUAUUUAAAAGAGCAAAUAAACGAGCCAUACCCGAUUUAUCGUACAUUCAAAAAGAAAAAAAUCACAAAGCAACUACAAAUUUAAAAACUGCAUCAAUUGCCAAAAAUGUUUGAAAACUUUUUCUACAGUUUUAUAAUUUUUUUUUUUUUUUUUAUCCUCAUUAUAAACUUUUAAUUUAUUCCUAAACAAAAAAUAGUAACACAAGCAUACGCAAUAAAAGAAUACAUUUUUGAUGAUCAAUCAAGGCAAAUGCCAAGCAUGCAGACUGAGAAGGAAAUCGGCUUUUUAAACCAUUUAAUAAGAAUAAAUUGAAUGAUAAUUAAACUAUCUGUUUUAGUCUGGAUUAAAAAACUGAUUCUUUAUUCUUUUAAGUUUUGUAACAAUUGCAAUUUACCUACAUAUCCGCUAGUAUCUGGAGAACGGAAUUCUUAACAUCUAUUUAAUGUUCGUUUUUGGAAUAGGGAAAAUUAAUUUCUUCACUCUUAUCAACUACCAAAAAUAGAUUCCAAAAAUCAAAGAAAUUUUAUCAAUAAUUUUUAAAUUACACUCAAAUUUAUUAAAGCCUGAAUCACCAGGGUUUUAUCUUUAAUUAAUCUAAAAGCGGGACUGUGACAACGGAAAAUAAGGCAAAGGGAAUGGCCGGAAGUUCCAUAUAUGAACGGAAAAUAAAGACCAAAGAGCAGCGAAUAGUUCGACGAACAUAUAAUGCAAAGGUCAAUAUAUUUUUAGUUAGUAGUUUGCAUAUAUGUACAUAUAUUCUUGAUCAGCAUCACCAGCUGAGUUAAUCUAGAUACUCGUCUGUCUGUUUUUACGGAAAUACUCUAUGCGUUUCAGUCACAAAGCUAUCUCGCUAAAACUUUUCCAAAAUUCAUUUAGCUUUUGCAGGUAGUAUAUCGGAAUCGGAAGUCUAUAUUAUAUAGCCCCCAUAUUGAAGAUCUCAAAAAUAAUAGGAAAAAAAUUACUAUAUCUUUGCUUUGAACCUGUUUAAGAAUUCCUUCAACUGACUUACUUUUCAACAAAUUCGGUAUCCUUUUCCUGUACGCUUUUGGCUUUUAUAAUUUCAUUUCAUUUGUUCAUUUUUAUCGACACCCAAAUUGCGAAUCAAAAUUUUUUUUAAAUUCGGAAGAUUAUAUGAUAUAGUUGCCGUGUAAAAAUCGUCUAAUUACAAAAAAUCAAUAGAAAAACUAGACGACUUUGAUAAUGCAAACAAGUCAUGCGUUUAUAUCGAUAUUUAACAAUUUGUUUCGGUAGGAAAUUUAAAAGAGUUUUUUCUAAAAGGAUCGCACUACCUUUUUAUAUAGUUGCCAUAUAUAAUUUUGAUAUAUAAUAUUAUAAGAAGUUACGGGGAUACAUUUUCUGCAGUCCGAUAUUUCCAAUAAAUCGUUUAACGUUUCUUUGGCUUUGCAGUUUAAUUCCAAUAUCAUAACUUCUAUAAUAUCCAAGCUCUCGACGUUCUUUGGGAUUUUUGAAAACAUAAUGCAUUAAUGUGAAAUUCAUCGAGGCUAUGAUUUGUAUCCAAACUUUGUACCAUUUUUAUAUAUAUGUAUACAUAUUUAUAUACUUAUUUAUACCCUUGCAGUGCACAGGAUAUUAUAAUUUCAGUCAGAACUUUGUCUAUGACGACUAGCCGUGUGAUGCUGGUUAAAAUAUGGAUGCUUCAUAUAGAAGAAAUAUUCUUCGCUGCCUUUUACACCCUAAUUAAAAUUCAGCAAGUGUGUAAAAAACAAUUAUAUUGACAGAUCGUAAUACAUGCACAUAUAACUAUUUACUAAUAUUGUAAAGAACUUUUAAAAAACACACUGUAGGUGUUAUAGCAAUUUAUUUUACUGAAUGUCUCGAUUUGAAAUAAAUAAAAUGGUAACAUGUUUUGUAAAUUUUUAAUAUUUUUGAAAUCCAUUAAAAUUUUCAGAAGCCCAUAAGGGAAUACUGUUAUAUAUAUAUAUGGUUUACAGAAAUAUCAAAUUCUUAAGUAAUUGCUAAAUAGUUAUUAUCAUUUGUAUACUGUUUGUAAGAGAAAUCUUAAGUUAUGCAUUUAAAUAUAAAAACGUAAAAUCGAAAAUAAUUGCAACGAACUUGAUUCCAGUUAACGAAGAACGCCAACAUCUCAUCCAGAUAAAUACACCACCCCAACAAAAAGCCUUCAGGUUUAUAUAAUACAAUUCCGUAUAUAUGGUUCAAAUUUAUAUUAAAAACAAACUAAUGUAAUAUUUUAGAAUAUACAGAUGUGUCUGAUGUUCUUAAGAAAGAUUUAAUAAAAUCGUACAUCAAUGUAAAA